AUGGCGGCGGUCCUGGAUUCUUUGGCAUCCUACGUGGCUGACAUGGUCAUCGAGAUGGCCAAAGAAGAGGUGGCCAUGCUGAUUGGAGUGGCCGGUGAGAUAGAAAAUCUGGGCAUCAAGCUUAGGGACCUCAAGAACUUCCUUGCAGAUGCCGAUAGGAGGAACAUCACUGAUGAGAGCGUGCAGGGGUGGGUGGAGGAACUGAAGUGCGCCAUGUAUGAUGUUACCGACAUCCUUGACUUGUGUCAGCUCAAAGUCAUGGAGCAAGGUCCAUCCAAGGAUAUGGGGUGCCUUAACCCUCUGCUCUUCUGCAUGAGGAACCCCCUCCAUACCCAUAACAUUGGCAGCCGCAUGAAGACACUUAACCAAAAGUUGGAUGACAUCUUCAAGAGGGGUAGUAGUUUAAAUUUCAUCAAGCUAGAAGCCUACCAGGACCGGAUGGUGACCCGUUCUCAAGCUGUUGACCGCAAGACGGAUCCGUUGUUGGAGCGGUCGCGUGUGGUUGGGGAGAAGAUUGAAGAUGACACGAGAGCGCUUGUGAAGGUGCUCACAGAGGAAGUAGCUGAUGAUAGUGAUAGCAUCAUGAUUGUUGCCAUCGUUGGUGUCGGUGGAAUUGGUAAGACUACCCUCAGCAAGAAGGUCUUCAACGACGAGGCCAUCCAGGGCAAAUUCGCCAAGAAGAUAUGGCUGAGCAUCACACAGGUGUUCAAUGAGGUUGAGUUGCUGAGGACGGCCAUCACAGCUGCCAAUGGAAACCUGCCUGGCUCGGGGGGUGGGUCUCAGGAUAAAGCAUUGCUUGUGCCAGCUCUUGCUGACGCCGUCAGGGACAAGAAGAUUUUUCUUGUGUUGGAUGACAUGUGGGGAACCAAUGAAUGGAACAACUUGCUCAUGGCUCCCUUUAGCCAUGCUGCAUCCAAUAGUCGAAUCCUUGUCACCACAAGACAUGAGACUGUUACCCGAGGCAUGAAAGCCAAGCAUCCCUACCACCAUGUUGGCAAAUUAGGGCCUGAAGAUGCAUGGACCUUGCUGAAGAAGCAGGUACUCGCUACAGAGAAAAGUGAACCUGCGAUUGAUAUGCUAAAGGAUAUUGGACUGGAAAUUAUAGAAAAAUGUGAUGGGUUACCACUUGCAAUAAAAGUGAUGGGAGGACUCCUAUGCCAAAAGGAUAAACAGCGAUGUGAUUGGGAGAAAGUUCUGAAUGAUGCUAUAUGGUCAAUAUCUCGAAUGCCAGAAGAGCUAAAUUAUGCAAUAUAUAUUAGCUACGGGGACUUGUCCCCUUCUUUAAAGCAAUGCUUUCUGCACUUCUCCCUUAAGCCUAAGAAGACAAUUAUACAUGACGUACAAUUGGUCGGCAUGUGGAUUGGUGAAGGAUUUGUUCAUGGAGACUCUGAUAGAUUGGAAGAACUAGGAAUUGAGUACCAUAAAGAGCUAAUAUUGAGGAACCUUAUAGAGUCAGAUACAUCAUAUGCCGGUCAAUAUAUUUGCAACAUGCAUGAUGUUGUUCGUUCAUUCGCUCAAUAUGUGACUAGAGAUGAAGCACUAGUAGCUCACCGCGGAGGAACUGUUAAUAGUAAACUUAGUUUGCAAAGGUUUCUUAGGUUGUCCAUAGAAACCAGAGGAGUGGAAUCAGAUGAAUUUGAGUGGAGGAGUUUACAUGAGCAGAAAUCACUUAGAUCAUUAAUACUAGUUGGAAAAUUUAAGAUUCAGUCUGGUGAUUCCUUGAUUCCUUUUUCAAGUCUACGGACUCUGCACAUAGAGUAUGCAAAUUUUGCUGCAUUGUUCAAAUCUUUGUAUCAGCUCAAACACUUGAGGUAUUUGGCACUAAGGGAAUGCAAUGAUAUAAAGAGCUUGCCAGAGAACAUUCACAAAAUGAAGUUCUUGCAGCACAUUAGUGUUGCUGGUUGUCAGAAUCUUGUGAAACUUCCGGAUACCAUUGUAAAGUUACAAGGACUGAGAUAUCUUGAACUUUACGGCACAUCUGUAAGUAGUAUGCCUAGGGGGUUCUCUGCUCUCACAAAUUUGAGGAUACUUUGGGGGUUCCAUACCCACAUGGAUGGUGAUUGGUGUAGUUUGGAAGAGCUCCAGCCUCUUUCCCAGCUUGGGGAAAUUGGAUUAGCAAGUCUGGAGAAUGUAUCUGCUGCCUCAUUUGCCACAAAGGCAAGGCUGAGUGAAAAGGUCUAUCUUUCCUGCAUGGCCUUAUACUGUAAGAGCAGGCUAGGCGAUGAUGGAUUAGUGAAGGAAGAAGUUUCUGAGCAGGAUCAAGGAACAAUUAUGGAGGUGUUUGAUGAACUCCAUCCUCCGCCUUAUGUGCAAGAUAUUCGCAUCCAAGGAUAUUUCGGGCGUCAGCUCCCAAAAUGGAUGAUGUCGACAGCAACGACGCCCCUCAAUAGCUUGAGGAUACUAAUAUUUGAAGACCUGGCUUGUUGCACCCAACUCCCAGAUGGCUUGUGCCAGCUCCCAUAUCUGGAUUACCUGGAGGUCAACCGUGCUCCGGCAAUCAAGCGUGUCGGUCCUGAAUUCUUGCACCCCUAUAGUCACCAUCACCAUGCUUCAUUUCAGGCGCUAGCUGCAUUUCCGAGACUGAACAAGAUGAUCUUUAGGAAAAUGGUGGAAUUGGAGGAGUGGGAUUGGGAGGAGGAAGUGCAAGCAAUGCCUGUCUUGGAGGAGCUUAUAAUCCAUGGCUGUAAACUGAGGCGUAUUCCUCUCGGCCUCGUGUCCCAUGCAAGGGCUUUGAAAAAGCUAACCAUAUGGUCCAUUCAGUGCCUCCACUCUCUAGAGAACUUCGCCUCCGUAGUUGAGCUCGACCUGUAUGACUUACCAGAGCUGACUAGCAUCUCCAAUUUGCCCAAAUUGCAAAAGCUUGCGAUCAACUGCUGCCCAAAGCUUGAGUCGCUGCAGGAGAUGACUGCACUCCGUGUAGAAAAUAUGAGAUGGCUGAAUAUUGUGUUGUUGUAUUGA